CAACAAAAUUAUUGAAAAUGUGCUCUCCAUGCUGCGGUGUCUAUGGUGGUUGCUCUGGUUGCUGUGCUUUAAGAGGUAGUUGUGGUGGUUGCUAUUGUCGUCAACCACCUAGGAUAUCCCAGAAGCUGCUCUUUGCGGAUGAAUAUCGAUGGUUUCAGCGUUGCACGAGCUCAUCCUGUGUGGUUUGUCAAACGAAUAAGGAUCACGAAUGCGCUUGCGCUUGUCGAAGGAAUCGUCACAUUGUCGAGGCCCUAACUUGUCUAUUUAAUACCACAAUACCCUAUAUGUUGACCAUACUAUUCAAGCUGGCGUUUCAGCAGAAUGUGCCGAUGAAACGAUUUCCACGCGAUCGCAAAUGGGAUGUGAUGGAGCAUGUGAAGGCCCCGUAUACGGAACUAAAUGAUUUGGAGAUUUAUGAUAGCAUGUAUGAUCGGUGUGGUCUACCGAUAGAUCCAUUAGAUGAUGAUAAUAUCUAUAAGGUUGUAAGAAUGAUGUUUCUAAUCGCUGUUUUAACCAUCGAUCAGCAAAAGUAUUUAAUUCGAAUGCUGCAGCGUCUCAAUGCCCAUGCCCACAGUCCAGUUAAUUUGGAUUUAUUGCUCCAGACACUGGAGGGCGUUGACCUUAAGGAGCUUAUGUGCAGCAUACGAAAUCAAGAGGCUCUCGUUCGAUGUCUCUACACGGCCCGGCAAUGCAAUGAGCUGUGCAAAUUGUAUCAACAAGUUGUCACCGUGGAUAAGAAUGCGAUUAAACGACGACGCAAGAGGAUUAAAUAUGGCAAGCAAAAUCUAAAGUCAACUGGCGACAUUGAAGAAUCCCCCUCCGUCCGACAGACCCAAUUGAAUCGUCAAUUCUGUGAGCGGAAAGCACCUGAUAUCGUAUUUUCGGGUGAAUCUCCGAAUGUUACCACGCCAUCUAGUGGCCGUCAACGGAUUAGUGCAUUCCGAUCACGUUCCGUUAAUAGUUCCCGUAAUCCCAGUCGUUCAUCCAAACAGCACAACUAAUUCCGGUCUACCUUAUAAUCAACCUAAAAAAAAAAAAAAUUGCACAUUCGUAAUUUUGUUGUUGUCUGGCAUCGCUUUUAAUAACCAACUUUUUUAAUAUUUAUAUACAUAUGUUUUUGGCCAAAUAUAUCAAUCUGACUAUACUCGUUCUAAAUAAUUAAAAUUAUAAAUUCAAUUAAAUAU